GAGGCCGCAAGUUUCUUCAAUUUUCCUAAACUGGUCUAGACCAUUUCGCGUCAACAAAUUAAUUUCUAUUUCAAUCAUCUGGAUUAGGAACAGUUGCUUUUCAGUCGAUCGAUCCAGACUAGGCCAUUCUCGCGAUGUCUCAGAAUAUUGCUUUCUCACGCGUACAACGAGAAUGCAAGGAAAUCAUCACUAAUAAAGAACUGGCUGAAACGGGCGUAAUGAUUGAAAUUCGGAAUGAUUCGCUGACAAAAAUACGUGGGGAAAUACGAGGCCCCCCAGAUAGUCCAUAUGAAGGUGGUACUUACGCUUUGGAUAUCACAAUUCCAGACGAAUAUCCCUUCCAGCCACCUAUAUGUAAAUUUAUCACAAAAAUUUGGCAUCCGAAUAUCAGCUCGCAGACUGGGACGAUUUGUCUUGAUAUAUUAAAAGAGCAGUGGGCCGCUUCUCUAACUUUACGUACCGUGUUGUUGAGUAUCCAGGCACUUUUAACUUUGCCAGAGCCAAAUGACCCACAGGAUGCUGUUGUUGCUAGGCAGUACAUGGAUAAUGCGCAACUUUACAAACGAACGGCGCGAUUUUGGGCGCAGCAUUAUGCUAAAGCCGAAGGCAAACGGGAUGAUGAAUUCUGGAAUAAAAUCGACAAACUGAAGGAUAUGGGAGUCAAGCAGGAAGAUGCUAUUUCGGCAUUGAGCUGCAAUUGGUGGGAUUUAUCGAGAGCUACUGAUUAUGUUUUUGGAUAGAAUUUUGUUUUUUAUCAUGUAUUAUAUGGUACAGUUACGCAGGUCAUUUCUAUCUUUCAUCCGAAAAGUGACUAUCUUCAAUCAUCUUUUCUCUAAUCAUGAUCAUAAAUCACAGAUUUUGCAGGUGGAACGAAAUCGAUGAUAUCGUCUUCUUGACAAGGGAAAAUGUCUGUUUGGAUUUUCAAAACAUGAUAAAAAUCAAUAAUUUCGGUCCUAUUGUCAAUUUCAUAACUUAUUGUUAUUUGCUAAGACUUUAUUAAAAUCUUUAUAAACACUCUUCAUACGUUUCUUUAUGUGAAGCUGUUGUUGAGCUUAAACAACUUAACGAUAACUUUCAUGUCGGUGCGGUACCUCAGAUUUCUAUCUCACCAUUCUGUGCGCUAUAUAACUAACAUUUUUAUCGCAUUUCGAUCUUCCGGAAAUAUAUUCCUUUGUGCUGUUGGAAAUUGCAGUUUGAUUGCUCUCCGUUCCAGAAAUUAUCUGUAUUGUAUUUUUUUUCUAAGGAGUGUCAUCUUGCAUCGAAGUCUUUCUAAUAUUAUAUUGAUAUUGUCCGUCUUACAAGCCUUUUUUCUAAGCAGUUAUAGGUCAUCAGUUAAAUUACUGGUUUCCUCAUCUCAUUACUGAAAUAAGGUGAACAUUAUAAAAAGCUACUUUCUGUGCAUUAAAACAUCUUGCAAUUAUUACCCGACCUUAUUGGUACUGCUAUUUUUUCGGGAAAUGAC